AUUUUUCCUAUUAUUACAUGGACAGCCAUUUAAUCAGAAAAGGCUGAAAAACAUAUUUUCAUGGGAUGAUGAGUAGUGAUGAGCUGAGCUUUCAUGUAAGAAACUGCCGUACAGCAGCAAGAUGCUUACAUUUAAGUUCUUAGAUUGAUUUCAGUUUAUCUUCUUCUAUUAAUCCUUUUAAAAGAAAAUCCAGGUGUUGUGCUGCAGUUCUUUUUCGAUGAUGUUUUCUUCUACAGGAGCUGCUGAGUUCAUAUGGUUCCAAGAAUGGAAAGCAAAUUGCUGGGAAAGAGAGUAAAAUGCAAAGCUUGAAACACCAGAUUCCAUGGCGAAACUAGUGGUGUAGAGUAAUUGAAUCCAUUUUUUGUUUUGAAAUUGUUGGAGAAGAAGAAGAAGAAAGAUGGCAACAGUUUGGUUUUCUUUGAAGAGAUCUCUGCAAUGUAAAUCAGAGCUAUCAGAUGUUCAUGACCCGAAAACCAGGAAGCAGUUGAGUACAAUAUCGACGAGGAAAGCAGGCAGGUCUGGUUGUUCAAGGUCCAUAGCAAAUCUCAAGGAUGUCAUCCAUGGAAGCAAGAGACAUUUAGAGAAGCCACCGACUUGCAGUCCGAGAUCCAUUGGUAGCAGUGAGUUCCUCAACCCCAUAACCCACGAAGUCAUUCUCAGUAACUCGAGGUGUGAGCUUAAAAUCACUGGCUUUGGAGGGUUCCAAGAUGGUGUCACCAAUGGUGGCGGCGCCGGCGGCGGUGGUGGCUCGACUUUUGUUGGAACCUUAAGGCCUGGAACACCGGGGCCUGGUGGUCACCCGACAAUGCAUUAUUUCAAUAGGAAUUCUUCUGCUACUCCUACAAGGAAAUCACCUCUCCUUCUAUCAGAAAAGAAAAGUUCUGGCCAUUCAAGCAAUAGAGUUCAACUCGAGACUGAUUCCAAUGGAUGUUCUACAAUCACUUGUCACAAAUGUGGAGAACAAUUUACCAAAUGGGAAGCUGCUGAAACACAUCAUCUCUCUAAGCAUGCUGUUACUGAGCUUGUGGAAGGUGACUCAUCGAGAAAGAUUGUCGAAAUCAUAUGUCGAACGAGUUGGUUGAAGUCUGAGAACCAUUGCGGUCGGAUCCAAAGGGUCCUGAAAGUCCACAACAUGCAAAAAACCCUGGCUCGGUUCGAGGAAUACAGGGAGAUGGUGAAGGUUAAAGCAAGCAAGCUCCCCAAGAAACAUCCUCGGUGCAUUGCCGAUGGAAACGAGCUGUUGCGGUUCUAUGGCACCACCGUGGCAUGUUCUCUUGGCCUAAAUGGCUCGUCGAGUCUCUGCAUAUCGGAAAGAUGUUGGGUUUGUCGGAUUAUUCGAAACGGAUUCUCGACGAAGAAGGAACUCAAGGAAGGACUCGGUGUGUUCACGACUUCCACGAGUGGAAGAGCUUAUGAAUCCGUUCAAGUUGUUGAAGAUGAUGAUCCAUCUAUAAGGAAAGCAUUGAUAGUUUGCAGAGUCAUAGCUGGUAGAGUCCAUAGACCUUUGGAGAACAUACAAGAAAUGGCAGGCCAAACCGGAUUCGAUUCACUGGCCGGAAAAGUCGGUCUGUAUUCGAACAUCGAAGAACUUUACCUGCUCAAUCCUAGAGCUCUCCUUCCUUGUUUUGUGGUAAUCUGCAAACCUUGAAGAAAACAAAUUUCAAAUGCUUUUCACUUAGAAUUUGCCACUCUAAUGUUCAUGUGAAUCCCUCUUUUUUUUUUUUU